AUGACGAAUGCAUUGUCGGUCCUCUCCACCCAGCCCCGCGCCGCCCUGGCCGCCACUGCCGCUGCAGCAGCUGCUGGCGGUCUCCUAGCCCACAAAUGGAACGCUGCAGUGCAAAAUAAGCGUCUCGAGAAAGGCUUCUUACGCGCUUCUCGCCGACACCGAGUCGGUGACGACACGGACUCGGAUGAAAAGCCUGCAUUAGUCGCUAAAGUCGAUGCCCAGUUCUUCGCCAAUCUCACUGCCUUUGUCAAAAUUUGUAUUCCAGGCGUCGCCUCCACGGAGUUCCUCGCCCUCUCCACUGUCGCGGCCCUGCUGGGUGCCAGAAGUUACCUCGACUUGUGGGCAAGCUCCAAUGGAGGGCAUGUCGUCAAGGCUAUUGUCGGCCGCGACAAGGAUGCAUUUAUCCAGAAAGCAAUCAUUGAUAUUGCCACCAUGAUGUUUCCGAUGUCUUUUGUGAACAAUUCACUCAAGUACAUGAUUUCUCGACUGAAGGUGCUCAUGCGAAGGAGAUUGAGUAUGCACUUUCAUGACAAAUACUUGUCCUCCAAUACGUUUUACAAGGUCUCCAAUCUUGAUUCCAGGAUACGAAACAUUGAUCAGUUGCUCACCGUCGACAUUGAAAAGUUUUGCUCUUCCAUGGCCGAUCUGUACUCUAACAUUUCCAAACCCUCCUUUGAUAUUAUCUUGUUCUCGAGACAACUAUCGAGGAGCCUCGGACCCUCAGGUCCCAUUUGUAUGAUUUUGUACUUCGGCUUCUGUUCAAUAAUUUUACGGGCGGUCCAACCACCUUUCGGGCAGCUGGCGGCAGAUGAACAACGAUUGGAAGGUGAAUACCGUCUCCACCAUUCACGGCUCAUUGCACAUUCUGAGGAAAUUGCCUUUUUCGGCGGCGGAGGCCGUGAAAAGCAAUAUAUCAAUCUCGCGUUUGACAACGUGGUUGAUCACUUGAAGAAGCUAUUCGCAGCCAGAUGGAGGAACGGGUUUGUUGACGCAAUCCUAGUCAAAUAUCUAGCCACAGUGGUAGGAUAUUCCAUUGUGUCCAUCCCUGUCUUCUUUACGGAUUCCAUGGUCUUUCAGGUUCUCAAUCACCCAAGACGCUUUUUGGCAGGCAAUACUAGAAGCAAGAAGAAAACAGAUCCCGAAACUACUUCUGCAUCAAAUAUUGCUGGUCUGUACACAAGAAAUUCCAGGCUUUUGCUUCAACUCGCAAGUGCUAUUGGAAGAUUAGUGCUUGCGGGGAAGGAAAUCACCAAGCUAACUGGUUAUUGUCAACGUGUCACCCGUCUUCAACAUGUUCUCGAUGACCUCGGGGAUGAGCGGGCAGUGCAGAAGAGAUUUGAAUCAUCCCCGGACCUUGAACGGGAUCUCAAACUGGCGGAACUCAUGAUCCCAGGAGAGCUGAUUGUCGGUUCAGAAGAUGAAGGUCCUGAGAAAAAUGUAGUCCGCUUCUCAGGAGUUAACCUGCUGUCCCCAGAUUGUACGAUCCUUGCUGAAAACCUGACAUUUGAGAUCCCGCGUGGGUGUCAUGUUCUCACUACGGGCCCGAACGGCUCUGGCAAAAGUUCUCUAUUCCGAGUUCUCGCCGGGCUUUGGCCAUUAUACGGCGGUACGCUACAUAGGCCGUCGAGGUCUCGAAUUUUCUACGUACCGCAAAGGCCGUAUCUCGCACUCGGUACUCUUCGGGAGAAUGUUACUUACCCGAUGACAUGGACGGAGGCCGUCCAACAGAAAGGGGCAACAGACGACCUCAUCAUAGAAUUAUUAGAAAUGGUGCAUCUUGGAGACAUCACUCGCAGAAAGGGGGGCCUUGAUGCCGUCCAGGAUUGGGCUGAAGUCCUGAGUGGAGGCCAGAAACAGAGGUUGGGUUUUAGUCGUCUUCUUUUCCACAAACCGGACUACGCUAUCUUGGACGAAGCUUCUUCGGCAGUCUCUAUAGACGUCGAGCAGCUCUUGUACCAGUCUGUGAAGGACUGCGGGAUCACGCUGAUUAGCGUUAGCCACCGCCCUAGUCUAUGGAGUUUCCAUGACAAAGUUUUGGCCUUCGAUGGAGAGGGAAGCUACGAAUUCAGAGAAAUCAAAGCUGGAGACGUUCCUAGCCUUGUUUCCGGCGUACCAGGUUCUUCCGGCACAUGA